CCAGCCCGCCGCCGUCCGCCGUCCGCCGCGGAGCGCGCGCCGGGCCGGGCCGGGCCGCCGGGCCUGUGCCGCCGCCGCGCCGACCAUGUCGGCGGCCAAGGAGAACCCGUGUAGGAAAUUCCAGGCCAACAUCUUCAACAAGAGCAAGUGUCAGAACUGCUUUAAGCCCCGCGAGUCGCAUCUACUCAACGACGAGGACUUGACGCAGGCAAAACCUAUUUAUGGUGGCUGGCUGCUCCUGGCUCCAGAUGGGACUGACUUUGACAACCCAGUACAUCGGUCUCGGAAAUGGCAGCGGCGGUUCUUCAUCCUCUACGAGCAUGGCCUCCUGCGCUACGCCCUGGACGAGAUGCCCACAACCCUGCCUCAGGGCACCAUCAACAUGAACCAGUGCACAGAUGUGGUGGAUGGGGAGGCCCGGACAGGCCAGAAGUUCUCCCUGUGCAUCCUGACCCCUGAGAAGGAGCAUUUCAUCCGGGCAGAGACCAAGGAGAUCAUCAGCGGAUGGCUAGAGAUGCUCAUGGUCUAUCCCAGGACCAAUAAGCAGAACCAAAAGAAGAAGCGGAAGGUGGAGCCUCCCACACCACAGGAACCAGGGCCGGCCAAGAUGGCUGUCACCAGCAGCAGCAGCAGCAGCAGCAGCAGCAGCAGCAUCCCCAGUGCUGAGAAAGUCCCCACCACCAAGUCUACACUCUGGCAGGAAGAAAUGAGGGCCAAGGACCAGCCCGACGGGAGCAGCCUGAGUCCAGCUCAGAGUCCCAGCCAGAGCCAGCCUCCCGCUGCCAGCACACUGAGGGAACCUGGGCUGGAGAGCAAAGACGAGGAGAGCGCCAUGAGCAGCGACCGCAUGGACUGUGGCCGCAAAGUCCGGGUAGAGAGUGGCUACUUCUCCCUGGAGAAGACCAAGCAGGACUUGAAGGCUGAGGAGCAGCAGCUGCCCCCGCCGCUCUCCCCUCCCAGCCCCAGCACCCCCAACAACAGGUAUAGUGGCCCCGGACCGCCCUCCCAGGAGCUUGGUCAUCCCCUUCCUUCCCCAGGUUCUCGACCCCCCGGCCGAAUUGUCUGCGGCAGCUCCCGUGGCUCCCUGGACGUGGCCAGCCGGCCCCCCGCCCACACGGACUCCAGCAGCGCUGGGGGGCGGGGAGCAGAGAGACUGGGGCGCACCUUUGCCUUUAAAGCCAGCAGGCAGUAUGCCGCCCUGGCCGACGUCCCUAAGGCCGUCAGGAUCAGCCACCGAGAAGCCUUCCAAGUGGAGAGAAGGCGGCUGGAGCGUAGGACUCGGGCCCGGAGCCCUGGCAGGGAAGAGGUGGCCCGUCUGUUUGGCAACGAGCGGAGGAGGUCCCAGGUCAUUGAGAAAUUUGAGGCCUUGGACAUUGAGAAGGCAGAGCACAUGGAGACUAACUCGACAGCCGGGCCCUCGCCAUCAAGUGACACUCGCCAGGGCCGCAGUGAGAAGAGGGCGUUUCCCAGGAAACGGGACCUCCCCAGCGAAGCCCCCACAGCUCCUCUCCCGGACACCUCGGCCUCCCCCCUGUCUCCACACCGAAGAGCCAAGUCACUGGACAGGAGGUCCACGGAGUCCUCCCUGACGCCUGACCUGCUGAACUUCAAGAAAGGCUGGCUGACCAAGCAGUAUGAGGACGGCCAGUGGAAGAAGCACUGGUUUGUCCUUGCUGAUCAAAGCCUAAGAUACUACAGGGAUUCGGUGGCUGAGGAGGCUGCUGACCUGGACGGGGAAAUUGACUUAUCCACGUGUUAUGAUGUCACGGAGUAUCCAGUCCAGAGAAACUACGGCUUUCAGAUACAUACAAAGGAGGGCGAAUUCACGCUCUCUGCUAUGACAUCUGGAAUCCGGCGGAAUUGGAUCCAGACCAUCAUGAAGCACGUCCACCCGACCUCUGCCCCGGACGUGACGAGCUCAUUGCCAGAGGAGAAGAACCGGAGCAGCUCCUCCUUUGAGACCUGCCCAAGGCCGAGUGAGAAGCCAGAGGUGGAGCGUGGAGAGCCAGACCCCGAGCAGAAGCGGAGCCGGGCUCGUGAGCGGAGGCGGGAGGGGCGCUCUAAGACCUUUGACUGGGCCGAGUUCCGCCCUAUCCAGCAGGCCCUGGCCCAGGAGAGGGCCAGCGCCACUGGGGCCUCUGACGCCCACCCCGAGGCUGAGGCCGGUGAGCUGGAGCGGGAGCGUGCACGGCGGCGGGAAGAACGCCGUAAGCGCUUUGGAAUGCUCGAUACUGUGGACGGGCCGGGCACUGAUGACACGGCCCUGCGGAUGGAGGUCGACCGGAGCCCAGGGCUGCCUAUGACCACCGACCUCAAGACCCAGAACGUCCAUGUGGAAAUUGAGCAGCGGUGGCAUCAGGUGGAGACCACUCCUCUCCGGGAAGAAAAGCAGGUGCCCAUUGCCCCCCUGCACCUGUCCUCCUCCGAGGAUGGAAGUGACCGGCUCUCCACCCACGAGCUGACGUCUCUACUGGAGAAGGAGUUGGAGCAGAGCCAGAAGGAGGCCUCGGACCUUCUGGAGCAGAACCGGCUCCUGCAGGACCAGCUGAGGGUGGCUCUGGGCCGGGAACAGAGCGCCCGGGAGGGCUACGUGCUGCAGACUGAAGUGGCCACCUCCCCAUCCGGUGCCUGGCAGAGGCUCCAUAGAGUCAACCAGGAUCUCCAAAGCGAGCUGGAGGCCCAGUGCCAGCGCCAGGAGCUGGUCACGCAGCAGAUCCAGUCCCUGAAGCGCAGCUACGGGGAGGCCAAGGACGCGAUCCGGCACCACGAGGCCGAGAUCCGGAGCCUCCAGGCGAGGCUCAGCAACGCCGCCGCCGAGCUCGCCAUCAAGGAGCAGGCGCUGGCCAAGCUCAAGGGCGACCUGAAGCUGGAGAAGGACAAGGUCCGCGAGCAGCUGGAGGAGCGGCAGCACAGCGAGGCCGCGCUCAGCGCUCAGCUGCAGGCUAGCGAGCAGAAGCUCAAGGGCGCCGAGGCCCUGCUGCUGGAGAAGACGCAGGAGCUGCGCGACCUGGAGCUGCAGCAGGCGCUGCAGCGCGACCGGCAGAGGGAGGCGCAGCGGCUGCAGGGGCGCAUCGCCGACCUCAGCCAGCAGCUGAGCGCCAGCGAGCAGGCCCAGAGGCUGAUGGAGGAAAAGCUGCAGAGCAACUACGAGGCGCUGCUGGAGAGCUGCGAGAAGGAGAAGCAGGCGCUGCUGCAGAACCUGAAGGAGGUGGAGGACAAGGCCCGCGCCUACGAGGACCAGCUGCAGGACCACGAGCAGCAGGUGGAGGUCCUCCAGAAGGAGAAGCUGAGCGCCAAGUUCGAGGGCAGCGAGGUGGUACGCCAGCUGGAGGAGCGCCUGGAGAUGAAGGAGGCCAGCAUCCACAAGCUGGCCGAGCACGUCCAGAGCCUCAGGGACGAGCGGGACCUGAUCAGGCAGCGCUUCCAGGAGCUGAUGGACCGCGUCUCCCUGUCUGACGGGGACGUCGCCGAGCUCCAGGAGAAGCUGAGGGGAAGGGAGGCCGACUGCCAGAGCCUGGAGCACUCCUACAGGAGGGUGGCCGGCCAACUCCAGAGCAUGCACACUCUGCUGAAAGAAAAGGAGGAGGAGCUGAAACACAUCAAGGAGAUGCACGAGAAGGUUCUGGAAAAGAAAGAUCAGGACCUCAAUGAGGCUUUGGUUAAAAUGGUCGCCUUGGGGAGCAGCUUGGAGGAGACAGAAAUGAAGCUCCAGGCAAAGGAAGAGAUAUUAAGGAAGUUUGUGAAGGAGUCCUCAGAAGACGCGGAGGAGCCGCGGAGCUGCCCGGAAGAGGCGGAGGACGGCAUCGUGCUGUCGGGCCCACGACCCCAAGCCGCCGUCGCGCCUCCAGCCUUCCCACAUCCGAGGCUCGAGGAUGAGGAUCCGGGGGCUGUCCCAGGGGAGGAGCGUGGUGACAGCAGCCCCAGGAGAGAAGAGAGUCCGGGGACCCUGAAGUCGGAGGUGCCCGACAGGGAGGGGCCCCCUCAGAGCACGACAAAACCCGACCAGGGAGUACCUGGCGUUAAAAGGCAAAGAAUCCGGUUCUCCACGAUCCAGUGCCAAAAAUACACGCACCCAGAUGGGUCCGAGAAGACCUGGACCAGCAGCACGUCCUCCGACACCAGCCAGGACCGGUCCCCCUCGGAAGAGAGCAUGUCGUCAGAGGCCACCCCCAGCUCCCUGCCCGCGGCCAGCGACUCCGACACCUAUCUCUCCAUAAUACACUCCCUGGAGACCAAGCUCUACAUCACGGAGGAGAAGCUCAAAGACGUGACGGUUAAGCUGGAGAGCCAGCAGGGCCAGAGCCAGGAGGCCCUGCUCGCCUUGCACCAGCAGUGGGCCGGCACCGAGGCGCGGCUCCGCGAGCAGCUCCGCGCCAGCCUGCUCCAGGUCGGAGCGCUGGCCUCCCAGCUGGAGCAGGAAAGACAGGCGAGGGCGAAGAUGGUCGAAAAUCACGUCGGGGAGCUGGGCGACUUCCAGGUAAAGAACAGCCAGGCUCUGGCUUGCUUAGAAAACUGCCGAGAGCAGCUGCGAUCCCUGCCGGUGGCCAGCCAGGAGGAAACACAGGACGCGGGAGCGGGCCCCCUGGUCGGCGUGGAGCACGCACCGGGCAGCAGCGUCCAGGCCGGGAGCCGCUGGCCAGCGCCUGCAGACAGCGGGGCGCAGGCCCAGCCAGAGGAAGGGGCUUUCUCGGAGGUGGGGAAAGCGACUUCACAGCCACUGCCCCGGCCUGAACUGAGUGAGCAGGAGCAGCUGAAACUCCUUUCUGACCAGAUAGCCCUGGAAGCCUCACUGAUCAACCAGAUAGCAGACUCUUUACAAAACACAACAUCGGAUAUCUCGCGUGUUCUGCACGAGAUUUCUCAGUCAGGAAAGUCGCCACUGGAACCUGAAAGUGCUGCUGUCUGUCCUGGGGCCCCAGCGGACACCUGGGCUAAGAAGGUGCUGGUGGAUGGCGAGUUCUGGAGCCAGGUGGAGUCCCUGAGUAAGCACCUGGGAACGCUGGGAGGAGAGGCGGCCGGUGCAGCAGGAGGCGGGCAGCAGAGCGUCCCGCAAGCCCUGGUCCCCGCCCUGGCAGACGCCACGUGGGUCAGGGCAGAGCUCAGCUUCGCCCUGCAGUCGGUGAGGGAGUCAUUCCACCGCCGGUUGCAGAGCAUCCAGGAGACCCUCCAGGGGACCCAGAUGGCGCUGCAGCAGCACAAGCGCGCGCUCGGGGACAUCCUGGGGGCCUACCGAACCCCCGACUUUGAGAGAGUGAUGCAGCAGGUCUCCGAAGCCCUCCAGCUUCCCGCAGCCAUUGAAGAUGGCAUGCAGGCAUCCUGGGACUUGAGCCCGUUGGGAGAAGUGCUGAGUCCUCAAGAAGGAGCCGGCUUCCAGGAGCCCUUCUACUUGUCCACCCAGAGCUCCGGGGCCCUUGUUGCCAUUCAGGAGGAGCUCGCCCUGCAGCUUAAAGAUAAGGCCAGCCUCUUAGGGGAGAUAUCUGCCGCUUUAACCUCGCUUCCCCCAGUGGAAUCAGUAAGAGAUUGCCAGAAGCUUCUCCAGGCAUCCCAGAAUCUGUCCUGUAACACUUACUUGGGAGGCCUCGGUCAGUAUUCUUCGUUAUUAGUUCAGGACGCAAUCAUUCAGGCUCAGGUGUGUUAUGCAGCCUGCAGAAUCCGGCUGGAGUAUGAAAAGGAGCUCCGGGGCUACAAGGCGUCCUGGCAGAGCAGGGGCACCUCCUGUCAGGAGCACGAGCAAGCGGUCGGGGCCCUGAGGGAGGAGUACGAGGGACUUCUCCGGAAGCAAAAGAGCGAGUACCUGGAAGUGAUUGCCAUCAUCGAAAGGGAGAACGCAGAGCUCAAGGCCAAGGUCGCCCAGCUGGACCAUCAGCAGAGAUGUCUGGAAGAAGCAGAAAGCAAACACGGCGAGAACAUGUGUGCCCUGCGAGGGAGGUACGAGGAGGAGAUCCGGUGUGUGGUGGAGCAGUUGAACAGGGCGGGGGACACGCUGCAGGCCGAGCACAGCAGAGUCCUGAGUCAGCUGGACGCCUCGGUCAGGGACCGGCGGGACCUGGAGAGGCACCACGUGGAGCAGAUGCAGAGCCUGGAGGACAAGUUCCAGCUCAAGAUCAAAGAGCUGCAGACCAUCCACGAGGAGGAGCUGAGGACCCUGCAGGAGCACUACGCCCAGAGCCUCCGCUGCCUGCAGGAGGCCCUGCACCACUACCAGGGGCGGCCCCCCGAAGCCCUGCCGGCCCCCGGCCCCCCGGGGGGCCCUCGGCAGCCCCCCUCCUCCAGCUGGCCCGCAGACCGGCCCCGGGACGCUCCGCAGCCAACCGGGGGAGAAGCUGACUCCAUGACGGGGCUGAGAGAGCGCAUCCAGGAGCUCGAGGCCCAGAUGGACAUCAUGCGGGAGGAGCUGGAGCACAAGGACCUGGAGGGCAACGCGGCCACGCUGCGGGAGAAGUACCAGAAAGACUUUGAGAACCUUAAGGCUACGUGCGAGCGAGGGUUUGCUGCGAUGGAAGAAACGCACCAGAAGAAGAUCGAGGACCUGCAGAGGCAGCACCAACGGGAGCUGGAGAAGCUGCGAGAGGAGAAGGACCGCCUGCUGGCUGAGGAGACGGCGGCCACCAUCUCAGCCAUCGAAGCCAUGAAGAACGCCCACCGGGAGGAGAUGGAACGCGAGCUGGAGAAGAGCCAGCGGUCCCAGAUCAGCAGUAUCAACUCGGACAUCGAGGCCCUACGACGGCAGUACCUGGAGGAGCUGCAGUCCGUGCAGCGGGAGCUGGAGGUGCUCUCGGAGCAGUACUCGCAGAAGUGUCUGGAGAACGCCCACCUGGCCCAGGCGCUGGAGGCCGAGCGCCAGGCCCUGCGGCAGUGCCAGCGUGAGAACCAGGAGCUCAACGCCCACAACCAGGAGCUGAACAACCGCCUGGCUGCAGAGAUCUCACGGUUACGGACGCUGCUGACCGGGGAUGCCGGCGGAGAGGCCGCUGGCUCACCUCUCACGCAGGGCAAGGAUGCCUAUGAGUUAGAGGUCUUAUUGCGGGUCAAGGAGUCAGAAAUACAGUACCUGAAACAGGAGAUCAGCUCUCUCAAGGACGAGCUACAGACAGCAUUGCGGGACAAGAAGUAUGCUAGUGACAAGUACAAGGACAUCUACACAGAGCUCAGCAUCGUGAGAGCAAAGGCCGACUGUGACAUCAGCAGGUUGAAAGAGCAGCUGAAAGCAGCAACGGAAGCACUGGGUGAAAAAUCCCCUGAAAACACCCCUGUGUCCGGAUAUGAUAUAAUGAAAUCUAAAAGCAACCCUGACUUCUUAAAGAAAGACAGAUCCUGUGUCAGCCGGCAACUCAGAAACAUCAGGUCCAAGUCCGUAAUUGAGCAGGUCUCAUGGGAUAACUGAAACGAGCCCGCUUCCAGGUCCCCUGUCAUGUAGAGUCUGAAGGAAGGCCUGACCGUGCAAGAACGCUUGAAGCUCUUUGAAUCCAGGGACUUGAAGAAAGACUAGCUGUGUCCCGUUCAACUUGAACACACACCCCUUCCGGCUCGCGGCAGCACUACCCACGUGCCGCUUCUUGUCUGUACCUUUAUUUUUUAUUAUUAUUAUUGUUGUCGUUACCGUUGUCAUCAUUAACUGUGGGUAUGGAUGCAUGAGAGACUGGUUUAUGGGUUGUUCACAUCGUUCCCCGCUGUGUUGAUUCCCAGUUCCCGUGUCCUCGUCAAAGCUUCGUUCCCACAGUACCCAGAAACCCGCCAGGCAGCGAGGGCCAGGAGGGCUGUCCGCUCCCGGCCAGGUCUGCACAGAGCCCCCUCCCGCCGCAGCCACCGCACUCACCGUCAGUAUUAAGGCCCAGCAGUCUGUCGAUAAGCUAGCUCGUCCUGCCGAGUGCACUGUGCGGAGUCGGGGCCCGGGCAGUUCUCGCUCUGCCACGUCUGGGUCACUUGGAGAGAGCAGGGCGUCAGGUGGCGGCACUGACAACUCACUAGCCUUCGGGAGAAGCUGGGAGAGCAGGUCGGGGGGCACGGUUCACAACCCCCGGUCACCACCUUUGGCGUGGGAGAAGGACGGCGUUUUGUAUGGGUCCCACUAAUUCAGCUUAGAGCCGCACCGCAGAUAAUCGCGGGAAACCUUUCACAACCUGGAGAAUGUCGAAAGCAGCCAUUCCUAUUUUUGUUUGUUUUUUAUUAAAUCUUGCACAAAACCCCGGCCCCUCGCAUUCCUUCCUACGCUCGCUCCUUUGUUGGUCACCAGUAGCCCUGGUCUCUUCCUAACAACUUAAGAGUGUUGACCUGUGGCCUGGGCUGCAGACCGUGCUUACAAAGCCUGAUGAAUUCCCUCGGGGAAUCAGUCAAGGGGAAAGACUGUUCCAGUCUUUAACCUUUCUGAAAGAAACCUCCACAUUGCUUUUGAGAAGGCUGAGUGAAGACCCCUAUGUUAAGUCAAAAAGAAAGUGCAGAGGAUGUCGGAAUCAGAUGAAAACUGCCACUGUUGUUUUUAACUCUACUCUGAGCUCUGAAAGGUUCUCGCGCAGCAUUCAGAGAGCCUAAGGUAAACCUGUGCUAGCAAUGUUGCUUUUUCUAACAGAGUGAGACCUCUUUACCUGCCAUGAAACACGACAGCAGUUCUCGAAAACCUCUCACGCUGGGGUGUCCGUCCCGACGCCCGGAAAACCAUUAAUCCUGUUGAGACGAGGACUGUAAACAAAGCCCCGCCGAGUGGGAAGCCGUUAGCGGCUCCAGAGCGGCCGGAAGUGGUGCAAUAGUGUCGGGAGGAGCUCGUUCUGGUCUCGCCGCCUCUGUCUCCCGUUGAUUUUACUGCCAAGAGCACACUUUCACUCUGUCGAUGCUUCCGUUAGGUGGGGAGUCUGGGUACGUGGGUACUUUGGGGGUAGAAACAUGGAAAUCACCUUGCUCAGUCUCUAGAUUCGGUUAACAAGGUCAUCCAGGGAAAGCCCUGGAAGGGCCAGGCAGGAGGGCCUGGGGCGUGCUGUCUUCUAGUGGGAAUAAACUCCGAGCCGUCCACUGGCAUCGAGGCUCUUCUGUGCACCAACCUCCAGAGUCUUAACCCACACCUGUCACUCCUUUGCUCCUAUUCCAUGUUUUUAAAGGCAAGAGAAUGUUAGGUCCGGGUUUUCCAUGCUACUCACCAGACACCACUCCCCGCACUACCCCCGGUGUAGACUGGCAGCAUUUGUAGGAAGGACCACGGUUUUGUGCGUGUGCCACUCAGCACGGGAUGCUCCGGAUCCCGUGGUCCGUUCUUUGGGCUCUAGAACGCUAUUUAACACGUAUGUCCUCCAGGGCAGAGAGUGAGGUGAUGGUCGGCAGGAUCUGAUGGGGCAGGGGCCUUGUUGCCUGGUCCCUGCACAGACCAUCUCAGCACCACGGUUUCACGUCACUCCUUCGGAGAACUCCCCUCUACCAGAGUUUCCUUAGUGAGUGUCCCUGCUGCCUCUGGGGACUCUAGCCCUUCUCCAGGCAGCCCCCUGCCUCCAGCCCUCUCUGGCUUCUGGUUUCCUGGCAGGGUCCCUGCAUGAAAUCCAGCCCCACCUGCCUUCGGACCGUGCCGAGGGUCCGAAACCUGCAGUACUUUAAAUAGGUCAGAGCACUUUACGCACCUGUGUUCAUCACUUAGCCCUUGAGGUCGCACCUCGGGAGUCCUGGGAACAGCAGUAUGCGGAGGUGGAAGGCAGAGACCAAGAAAGACAGAUCUGUCACCACAGCCUCUGAGGGCUCCGCCUCCUCGCCCCAGAGACCACAGAACUCGCUCCCCUGGGCUGCUUCAGUCUGGGCGUUACCAGGAACGGGCUACAAACCAGGGCGCCCUGGCUUCUCUCCAACAAAAGGCUGCUCCUGCUGCAGCCUCUAGAAAAGGCCCCGAGCCUAGCCUGGUCUUGCUGAGCGUCGCAUAGUGACGGCUAUGGCCUAGAACCCGAUCUGAGCCACCUGCUGAUAAGCCGGUCCUCCGGCUGGAGAGAGCAGACAGAACAGAAUAAAGGGUGCUUCACUUUACCACCUCUGUGUUGCACCCCAAUCCCGCUGUGCAUGGUCUCCGUAGAGCACCCAGAACCCCGAGGAGGUUUUAGCCACCAAGUUCCUGAGAGAAGAAAGAAUAAAGCUGUGGGGGUGGAGUUGCUUUCUGUGCCGGUGGAGAAGGGUCCUUCGGUGGAUGGGGUAGUGUAGGUGAUUGUGAACUUGGGGUGCUCCCACUGCUCCUGGUGCCGACCGGGCAGUGGGGGCGUCUCCACUUCCCAGUGGAAGAUGAGCACGUGGAUCGAGUCUUCCCAGUUGUAAUGAUCUUCCUGUAAAUGGUCACUGGUCCCUCUCUGGUUCGCGAGCAGCUGACAAGCCAUCCAACACGCCAACGGGAAAAUGGAACCGUCUGACUUCGACGGGGUCUGUGCGUAAGAUCCGCGCUCUCACGCCUGCACAUGUGUGCACACACAUGCCGAAGAGCCGCUUUCUGCCAGUCAGGCUCCUUUAUCGAUGUGUGUGACUUCAGCGCCUGCUAGCAUUCCAGUGACCGUAGCUGUCUGCGGCCUCCCUGGCAGACGUGCGGCAGAGCACUUUGCCUUUGGAAAUGGAAACUUGCACCGUAAGGCCUCAAACUGGGUCUGAACUUGAUGGAGGAGGUUAGGGCCAUCCUGGGGCAACAGGUGGGGGCCAUGGGAGGAAUGUGUGGGUUUGUCAAGAGCCAGGAUCAGAGUCUCCUCCCUAGGAAUCCAGUGAGUGGAAAGGCCCCAGGCUCUGGCUAGUUAAGAGGAACCUGUCACGCAGUGGACUCACCAGUCACUAGCUCACCGACCCAACAGCUAGGCCUCGGGGGGCCUCACGGCGGCCAGACUCGGGGGGGAGAGCGAAUUGCGGUUCCUAAGAAACAUAACUGUGGCCCUCGGAGUCUGUCUGAAAGGGACUGUGACAGUUGUUAAUAAGGCCAUGAAACAAAAUCGAUGGCAUAAAAAAACAAGUUUUAGAGUUCCAGUUGAUAGUGUUUAUUUCACCAUGGAGCUGGAACACUUAACCUGAAAACCGAGCACGAUCCUUGUCACUGCUGCCUGGCGGUCCCCUUGGCGAGUCCGUCUUUAGCCUGGGACUGGGCCUGGGGCAGCACUUGUCUGCCCCACCCCUGCUGGAGGCCGGGCACCUGCCCCAUGGCCACUUUUCUCGGGCUUUAAAGCGACGCACGCAGCUGUGCCGGGGUCCCCAACAGCUCGCCGGCUACAGGGAAGCACCGCGGGCACCCCCACGUGUUCCCCACUCAGAUGAGCCAGCGGGCAGUGCGUUUCUGCUUCCACUCCCCUGGCUCCCAGAGCUGCCCAGGCCCCUUUGGCGGACUCAGCCCAUGCAUCACCCGUGGCCUGAUCUCGGGCCCCGCGUGCUCUGUCACGGCUGACCACACACCAGCUCUUCUCCAGGCACUCGGAGCUGUUUUCACUCAGAGUGGAAAGAAUGCGGCCCGUCAACACGUCUUCUCAAAUCUAAAAGUAGUCCUGAAAGUAAGCGUCCGCAUCGCUGUCCCACGGAAGCUUGCCACAAUUUUAACUUCGUUGAACACACAACUUCAGAAAGCCGGAAAACUACAGAAUUCAGCGACCCUUCAUCACCAAGGAAGGUGGGAGGGAGGGGGGAUUUUUAAAGUUCUUACAAAGGACAGGGAAGCAGGUAGUAAAAGGAAAAAAGCUUGUGCUCAUCGGCAGCUUCGCUUCUCUGGAAACGUCCGUCCUUUGGAAUACCUCCCAUCCUGAACAUCCUGGAAGCGGAGCUCCUGCCAUGCAUUCUGUCAGAUAGGAAUUUGCUUCACAAACAGAUCUGACGUGCCGCCCGGACGUGUUCUCCAUCAGCUGGGAUCGGCGGGCAGCUCUCGGGGUCCUGGCGCCACGGCAUCCACUCUUCACCAGGGCCUGGGGAGGUGCUGCCGAAAACUUGCUUGUGCUGACGCUUCUUACAGUUCAGGUAUUUGUGUGCCGCUUUGUGUCGUCUUUCAUCGCAGGCUCUCGCCCCUUGGGUCAUUCUUGAGAGACGAAGCCCUGUACUGUCCGCUCAGUCAGCGAGCACUACGAUACCUAAAAGGCGUGAGCUCAGACAGGAGACCCCUGAUCCGAGGAGAGAUCUUUCCAUCCACCUGAGAUUGGGUCAAAAGCUAAAGUCCACUGUUCUCAGCACCACGUAGGACAUCGUAGGACGCGUCCCCCGCUCCACAGCUGGCCGCGUCUGCCCAGAGACGGGGUCUGCGGUACUUGGAUGGGGUGCCGUUGCUCUCACACCUGGACGCUUUCAGUGAGGCCGUACUUCCCACGGUGGAAAGUUUCAAUAACAACCAGCCCGAAGUGAGUCUGGUAAAACCACUUGUUUUGGGUUCUUUGUGAGGAAGACAGGACAUAAACACAGUACGAAAACGAACGAUUUCUCUCAAGGGUUGUCGGCUGGAAGAGACCCAGCCUCAUUCUUCUGCCCUUUUGAAAACAAGUUUCGAGUAUUCUGGUUUAUUAAAGGGAAGGGGUCUCCCUUCUUGUCUUUCAGCAGAGGAAUCUGAGCAGAGUACGAGGAAUACCUCAGCACCACCCCAGCCCCACUGUAGGGAGCAAGGACCACCUGCCCCAACACCGCCUGGGCCCCUUCCCCCUAGGUGCCCGCGUGCCUUGUGGAGAGGAGCCCGCCUCACUGGCUUCCAGCUUCUCUGUGUAAAAGCCACUGUUUACUUUCUUCAAAAUAACCUACGUUAUACAGAGUGAGCAGUGUAAAUAUUACUCAGAAAUUACCGCAGGGAUUUUUGUGACAGAGUUGGUAUGGGUUUAAAAAUAUCCCUUCGCAAGCUAGGGAGGACAGCUUUGGGUUCAACACUGAAUGCCACCCAGAGGGACAAGGAAACGUUUCUGACGGGUGAUGCACCUUCUUCAAAGCUUCGGUCACCUCAUGGGCGGUUUUCAGGAGUGCAUGCCAGCAUCUGAAGUAACAGGAGGCCUGCAUCCACGCGCGUUUUCUCUGGAAGAACUCCAUCAUACUCCCGGCCGAGCCAUUCAGAGGCCUCCAGGAAAAGCAGGACCAUGGAGAACGUGGUAGGCACAUCUUCCCCAGAUCUUUCCGUGGCAAUUUCCGGCCUGUAGGGAGACGUCGUGGAAGGCACCGCUCUGGCCCGAGCGGCUGGAUGGGGGGACUCGUGACCCCUCGCCGGGCCGGGCGUCUGCAUGUCCCCCACUCCUAGGUCCUGUGGGAAGUGUCGAGGGUGCAGAGCUGCCAGCGCGGUCCCUUUGCAUCGUGUGUCUGCGUCACUUUGGGGAGGGAACGUGCGGGAAACCGGCUCAUCCGGUGCAUAGGCUGACCCAGGAGGACUCGGAGGUCCCGAGGGUGAAGCACAUGGUCCGUGGGCGUCGGUCGGGGGCUGGUGGGGGAAGGGAGAGCUUCUCGGGAUGCAGUCCGAACACAGGAAGGAAUGAAGUUCUGGAAAAGCAGCGGUCACCGGACACAGUCGGCCUGCCACCCGUCACGUGUCUGUGCCCUUCACAACUAGUUGUAUCACAUAUUUCAGUUUUGUUUUAUAGGAAGCUAGGAAUAGAUUAUAUAAAGAACACUAAAGUCAUUAUUGUGUUAUAAGUUUGUAUCACAAAACCAAUUACGAUGGAUUUUAGGAUUUACCUUUAGUAUUAAUGACUUCUCUACUGACUUACUGCUAGGACUUAAAACCAGUUAAGUGCUAAGAAUUCAUGUGGUUUUCCUAAGUAAUAUUUAUAAAGUGUAAAGUUUCUAAGUGACUCCUCACCAAUUGUAAUUCUUAAUAACUUUUCUCACAAAUACAUUCUUGUGUCAGAGGGAACGUCUCGGUCCAGUGACCAAGGACGACAACGCUAGGCCAAACUGCUGGGGGAGCUGAUACACGAACAAAGUGGAACGUGUAGAUAACUUUCUGCUGUGACAAGUUUGGAAAUAAUCCACAGCAGUGACUUCUGUCACAGCUAAUUAUUGCAACAGUCGGGUGAUAAUGUGUUCAAACAAGCCCGUGUAAUUCUAACUGGGGUUUCAUUCCUGUACUAAUGCUAAGUGGUAACGUUCUCUGAACGUGUGCGGAGGCCACUGGGCUUGGCAGCCCCACUGCCCCCCCCCCCCCCCGCGCUGGGGCGGCCCCAGGGGCUCUGCCGGCGGCGGGGGGGGGGGGGGGGGGGGUGGCGGUGGCAUCUUCUGUCCGGCCACACUGCCCUCCCAAAGAGGUGAGCCCGGUCAGCCAAGCUGCUCGCUCUUCCGACAAUUCAACAUUUUGAUGGUUUCAUUGAGGCUUUUUUAAAAAAAAUAAACCGUUUCUGAACAACUGUUCACAAUUGAAGUGUUCCUUUGUCAAAAUAUUUAUUCCUUUGUGUGACAUGCUAGAUUCCCAUGGAUGCAGCUGAUCGUUUCUACUUUGUAAAUAUUACCUAACUUUACAUAAACUAUAUCAUAAUAAACUAUUUUUGCAUCACCCUG